CACUCAUCCUCUUUCUCCUCUACUUUUUUCUUUUUCCCUCAGAUUUUAUUACUCUUUUUGGGCGAAAAGAGUACAAUAUUUUCUUUCCCGCUUUUAAAUUUUUAUCCCGUUGUUUUUUUUUCUCUCCACCAUAUUUUUCUGUUGACCCCAUUUUGCUUGUGAUAUACUUGUCAAGAAAAAAGUCCCGGCCGUUGGAAUAAAAUUGCUUGACCGCUGCUACAGCCACCCCCACUUCCCUUACAACCAGCAAAUCUUCUCCUGAACCAUGUUCUUCCGGAACUACAACUCGAACGUCUUUGGCACUGCGCCCGGCACUCCCUCCGACGAGUGGUGCAUCACCACGCUGCGCACCAUGAGCGCAAAGUACGACCACCUGUCGGAGUCGCGCAAGGUCAAGCCGGCGCUGGCCGAGGCUGUGCUCAACAGCUUCAAGGCAAAGCUGUCGGCGCUGUAUCGCGAGCACCCGCUCUACGAUACCGACGAUAGCAGCGAGGGUGAGGCCGAAUGGCCCAUCGUCGGCGACUACUCGCAGUACAUGGACCUCAAGUCGAACAAUCCUGUCUGCUGUCGACGGCCAAGACAUCCUCGACAGCACACCAUUCGACGAGAGCAUCCUUGCCGCCAACCCCGUCGACUGAAAUCACCGCCGGCCUACCGCUGGACGGCGAGGAAGGUGGCCCUCAUGUCGCCCUCGCCGUCGCCGACGGGGUCUGGCGACAGCGCGUACCCGGACCUGUGCAGCAGCGAGGGCAAGGUCGUUUCCGACGAGGAGGUUAAGGCCACCUCCAAGGGAAUCGAUGAGGCUCUCCGCCGCAUCCUGUCCAGCACGAGCAGGGAGCUGCUGAGCAUGAACUUCUCGACGUUCCCGACCAGCGCCACGGCUUCUGCGGAGCAGGUCUCGACAGCCACCACCGUCAGCGCCCUAUGCCGCAGCAGGAGUUGUCCGACGAGGACGACCAGGACCAGGCGUUUGCCGACUCGGGCCACUGCUCGCCCAGCUCGCCCCCCGAGUCCGCCGAUGAUUUUGGCUCAGCAGCCGAGUCCUUUGACAUGUAUGUCGAGGACUGCGCCCAGCUGGCCGUCGCAUCAGACGCCAAGGCUGACGCGCCAGAGGCCUCAUCGGCCGCGAAGCGCAAGCGCGACGACGCUGCUGACGAGGACGAGGACGGCAACAAGUCUGUCCUUGUCCGAGGCUGCGCCGUGCGGUCGCGCCAUUCUGGUGGCCAGCCCGCGUAAGCGCGCGCGCUCGGCGACGGCCAGCGACGACAACAGCGUCCUGGCGAUUGCCAUUCCGGCCACUGGUGAAGGAGAAGUAAACAACUUGCAUUCCGCCCUGCAUCAUUCUUUCCUCUGCAACACCCUCUUUCCGCAUUCUCUCUUUUUUUUUUUUCCUCCAUUUCCGGCGCGCUCGCACACGUUCUUUAGGCAACACCCGUGUGCGCUGCGGAAGCGGCAACGGGAGCAACACCUCCGCACUCACCACAGCGCAGCACACGCGUGGCUCAAACAGCGCCACUCCACGCGUACUGCGGUGAU